UCCUCAUUCUUCAUUCUAAUCAUAGAGUACAUUUCACAUUCUCAUUCACACUCUCUUCGUUGAAACCAAAACCUUUGUCCCUCUCUUUCACACCAUCCACCACCAUAACUCCAAACUCUCUCCGAUAUGACUGAACAAGACAAACCUAGAGCCUUCUCCGGCCACCCUCCUCCGUCACAAUCUCAACCCUUUCCACCUCCUCAAUACGGCACUUUCCAAGGUGUCUCCAACUUUCCACCUCCUCAACCUGCCAUCGGUUUCCCUCAACCUGUCCCCCCUCCCGGCUCCGCUGACCCUUCCGGCCCCCCCUUUUACCCUCAUGGCUACCAAGCCUUUCCCGGUUAUGCAGUUGCUGAAGGAAGACCUGUGAGAGAAAGGCGUCUUGGGUGUUGUGGUUUUGGUUGUGGCUGGUGUUUGUUUAUAUUGGGUUUCUUUCUUGCUGCUAUUCCAUGGUAUGUUGGGGCAAUAAUUAUGCUUUGUUCCAGAGUAGAUUAUCGAGAGAAACCUGGAUACAUUGCUUGUAUAGUUGCUGCUGUUGUUGCAACAAUUGCAAUUGUUCUUGGAGCGACAAAUGUAGCAGAUGAAUGGUAAUAUUUACUUCAAGACUUGUAAAUGUUGUUAGACUGAGUGUAUCUAAAUUGUACUAAAAGUUGAUUCAAUGAGAGGUUUACUUAUGCCAUAUAUUUGUUGUAAGAUGCUACCUUAUGUGUAUUUUUUAAUUUUAUUGUUUGAUUAUUUUACAAAGUUGUCCUGCUUCUCACCAAAUAUAUAAUUAGGCAACUUUUUGUGCUUUAAUUGUCAUCUGUAUGGAUAUCUUCUAUAUAAGAAUCAAAUUCAUAAUUUUAUUUUAAA